AGGGAGGCACAGGGAACAGAGCAGCAGAUCUGCAGACUGACUAGUGCAUCUUCGCCUUUGGAUUGUGACUUUGCGUUCGGCUGAUCUCUGGCUGUACUACCCCAGGAGGAGCCAGCAGCCGGCCACAGGGACCAAUGGCAGUACAAUGACAGCGUGACUCUUCUGUUCUGUUUCUCUUUCAUGAGAAGAUCAUUCUUCUACCUUUGGUGACACCACAUAAGUUCUGGACACUGCUUGUCAUCCAUGAGUUUAUAUGAGGACUGGCGUCUUUUCCCAGUAAGGUGGUUGAAACAUGCUUGCUGUAGGGUAUCACAAUUUUGUAAAGAUGGGAAAUGCCUCCGAAACAGCUUUGUUCAUUUCCACUGUCUCCAAGGAGAAUGAUGUCCUCAUGGGAUUGCUUUAUUCCGUAUUUGGUGUUCUCUCUCUAUUGGGAAACUGUAUCUUGCUGUUUGUUGCCUAUCGCAAAAAAUCUUCCCUGAAGCCAGCUGAGUUCUUCAUCAUCAACCUAUCCAUAAGUGACCUAGGAAUGACAGUGACACUCUUCCCUCUGGCAAUACCAUCCGCUUUUGCACACAAGUGGCUGUUUGACGAGAUCACCUGCCUGUAUUAUGCUUUCUGUGGGGUUCUGUUUGGGCUAUGCAGCCUCACCAACCUCACAGUUCUCUCCUCAGUCUGCUGUCUAAAAGUUUGCUACCCCACCUAUGGUAGCAAGUUUUCUUCAUCCCACGCCUGUCUCUUGGUGGUGGGGUCAUGGAUUUAUGCCUUGAUCUUUGCCAUAGCACCGCUUGCCAAAUGGGGAAAUUAUGGCCCAGAACCCUACGGCACAGCCUGCUGCAUCGACUGGAAAGCACCCAACCGAGAACUGUCCGCCAUGACAUACAUAAUUUUCCUCUUCGUUUUCUGCUACGUGGUGCCCUGCACCAUCAUUUUCACCUCCUACACCUUCAUCCUGCUCACCGUUCGGGGCUCCCGGCAGGCUGUGCAGCAGCAUGUGUCCCCACAGAACAAGACCAGCACUGCACACAACCUCAUCAUUAAGCUCUCCAUCGCUGUGUGUAUUGGUUUCCUGACAGCCUGGAGCCCAUACGCUGUGGUGGCAAUGUGGGCUGCCUUUGGCGAUGCCCAUGUGGUGCCGCCCAUGGCCUUUGCCCUCUCUGCGAUCUUUGCCAAGUCCUCCACCAUCUACAACCCUGUGGUCUAUCUGCUGUUCAAACCGAACUUCCGCAAAUUUCUGUGUCGGGACGCCGCCCAGUGUCGUCGGCGUCUGUGUACCUGCACAUGCAGCUGUGAGGAGAGGCCAGUCCAGAAGGAGGCACAACGUAACAAGGAUGUUAGCAAUUCUACCCGACUCUCAAACGGGCUGCCAGAGAGCCACCUGGCUUGCCGGCAGUGCCCUGAUACAGGAAUCCCCACAGGGCAGCUGGUGCUGCACAGGACUGCCCGAGUAAUGGCAGGCUCUAGUCACAGUGAGGUGCCCAUCAGCCAACUGACCUAUAACCUCCAGAAAGAGAUCCUCUAAUAUGUUCUUGUAAUGAGGCUGGGAUGUCUUUGUUAAUCUGAGGAGCCAGGCCAUCACCGAACCAGACAAACAUAUGGACAUGGGUCCGUGAUACUGCCAAAAAAUACCCAGAGCAUGGGUGCCACAUACCUUUGAUCAGACCAUUAUCCCAGCGAGAAAAUGUCAUACAUGGACUUCAUGUUUUGUCUCAUAUGAAACCAUUUGUCUUGGUAAAAGGAGCAAACAAAAGUGCAAUUAAUAUGUCAGGAACUAGAAGAGGUUUAAUUAUGUUAUGAUAUUUAUGACAUGUUGAACUGUAAUGGUGAAAAGAUAGGAUCAAUUAAUUAAAAAAAACUUUUAUUGCAAUGAACAGCUAAAUUAAAUUAAAUUAAUGAAUUAAACUAAAUAUAUUAGGUAUCUUCUUUUUACAAUUGUGAGGCUGUAUAUUUCAGAAGGAACAUGAAUCAUUAGAGCUGAGUGUCAAAGGAUUGAAGAUUACAAAACAUAGCUGUUUAACAUGCAACUAUGAUUACCGGUUCUGGUAAUCCAAAUUUCCAAACAAAAUCAUCCUUGCUUGAAGGCAGAGCAGGAGAAAUACCCAGAAUUUUGUCUAAACAAAUAAAACAGGAAAUCCAGGCAGAGAAGACACUGCAUGCAAGACAAAAACAAAUUUGUUUUUUAAUCAAAAUGAGUAGAACCAUAAAUUAAUUGAGGAAAUCUAUGUUAAGGUCGGGACAUUUUAAGCAAUGUUAUUGUGUUCGAGUGUAUUAAUAAAUGCACUCAAUAAAGUCUUGGCUAUUGCUCAAUCUAUUUAAAAAAUGCAACAUUUCUUUCAACGGAAAUAAUUAAGUCUUUCCAUCUGCUGUAUGAAUAGCAAGUCUAUUGGCAUAAGCAUGCAAAUAGCCCUUUAUUUUAUUGGGAAUAAAUAUAAUUGACCCUUAGAAACAGAUUCAAUUGAAGCAAUUGAUCGAUGUGCUGAAGUCCGUUCAGGAUUAAGUAGCUUGAUUAAUUUGUUCCUAUUAUGAUUGUAUUGUAGACUUCAAGGACAUACUGUACUGUAUGUACUUAAGGUAAGUAUAAAUGAGCAGGGCUUCCAGUGACUGGGAAAGUAGGUCCAGUAAUCAGACAAAUACAGUACAGGGUUUUGUCCUAGACCUAAGUCACUGUACCAAGAUUAAUUUUUCCUUCUGUUAUCUCCUAAAAGGCAAGGCAAUGCACUUAAAUUUGUGUAAAUCAGUGUGUCUGCUAAGCAAUUAUUAUCAAUUGCACUACUGCAGAAUAUAUUUUCUUAGCACUUUAAAUGAUAUAUUUUACAGAGUAGAAAGUAUUAGUACUAUUUUUAGUUAUAUUUACCUCAUCUUCUUCCUAGGUUUCUUUCAAAUGUUGGGGAUGAGAAUAAUUUCUCUUGCACAGUGUGCACCCACAUAUCUGCUAACAUUAUUAAGAAUCUCUGAAUUAAUUUCAUUUCAUACAUUUUUCUCAUUAAGUCAAAUACCUCUUUUGUUACAUACCUACUGUAUACAGUAUACCAUAUAUGUAAGUAAAAUAACUCAGGAGUAAUUUAAAGAGAUACAGAUUACAGAGAUGCAAGCAUUUACAGUAAUUCUGCUUCAUUUCAAUGCAUGCAA